GUUACCGUCAACUCUGUCGUGGACGAUACUGUGGCUGCACUUGAAGAAGUUGUUGGAGGCCGCUGGGGGAGAGUUUGUCUGGCCCCGAACGACGCAAUUCAAUACGGAGGAAUUGUACGCUUUCUGGCUACCUACGUUCAACACGACGCCUUAAUCCAAGAAUGUCUGGCUGGCGUUCGCUGUGACGCGGUGGUGCGGAUUACGGCGCUGAGUGAGCGUGGAUCAGCGGCUGCCACACGCAACUUUCCUGAUCGAGAGCCUCCGCAUGGUACUAGAAAGUUUUACCAUUAA